AAUCCGAAAUUACGAAAAUUCCUCAUUUUCUGACGUGGCAAUGAUGUCUCCAUCUGAUCUGGUAGCAAAUGGAUAAGCCAAUUCAGCUUCAUCCGCGCUUCAUCUCUUAGAGCAAAGUGUGGAUAGAGGUCCAGCCAUGGGAGAGAAACCACAGCCACAACUCAUCUUCAAAGCCUGUGAGAUCGCUGUUCUUCGCCAUGGAUUUGCUGGAAUCGGAAAGCACACCCAAAUUCUACUUCCUCUGUAUGAUUCCAGAUGACACUCUCUCUCUUCUCACCUCCCCACAUUCCGUUCUCCUCGUCCCCCACCAAGCUCUCAUCCUCCUUCCCCUUCAGACCCCACGCAGCUCCCCCCGCCACCCACCUCCCCAACUCCUCUGGCUCUGACCCUCCACCCAAGGUCAUCAUCGUCGGCGCCGGCCUCGCGGGUCUCGCCGCCGCCGCCCGCCUCCGCUCCCACGACGUCCCUUUCCUCCUCCUCGAAGCCUCCGACGCGGUCGGCGGCCGCGUGCGGACCGACCUCGUCGACGGCUUCCUUCUCGACCGGGGUUUCCAGAUCUUCAUCACGGCCUACCCCGAAGCCCAGAAGCUGCUCGACUACCGGGCCCUGGACCUCAAGAGAUUCUAUUCGGGCGCCCUCGUUUACUACGACGGCCGGUUCCACACCGUGGCUGACCCCAUCAGGCACUUCUCCGACUCCGUUAACACCCUGGUCAACCCGAUCGGGUCGGUCCUGGAUAAAUUGCUCAUCGGAUUGGCAAGGAUUCGGGUCCUGAGCAGGUCGGACCGGGAAAUUCUGACCGCCGAUGAGGUACGGACGAUUGACCUGUUGACAAAAUUAGGAUUCUCAGAUUCGAUUGUGGAACGGUUCUUCAGGCCCUUUUUCGGAGGGAUCUUCUUCGACAGGGAGCUCGAGACCACCUCUAGGCUCUUCGAUUUCGUCUUCAAGUGCCUCGCUCUCGGAGACAAUGCUCUUCCAGCGAAAGGGAUCGCCGCCAUUCCCAAGCAAUUAGCGCUCAAAUUGCCGCAGGAAUCGAUCUUGUUGAACACCAAAGCAGUGUCAAUUGAAUUCGACAAGUCCGAAUCGCCGAUUUUGAGAUUGGAGAGUGGAGAAAUUCUCCGAAGUGAGCUUGGAGUGAUCGUUGCGGUUGAGGAACCUGCAGCCGCUAAGCUUUUGGCGGGAAAAUAUGAAGGAGCGAAGGCCAACAGAAAACCACCACGAAGCACGGUUUGCUUGUAUUUCGCGGCGGACCGGGACCGGAUCCCUGUCAAAGAUCCGGUUCUUUUCCUCAAUGGGUCGGGUAAGGGGAUUGUGAAUAACAUGUUUUUUGCCACCAAUGUGGCUCCGUCCUACGGCCCGCCCGAGAAGGCUCUGGUGUCCGUGUCAUUGAUCGGGCUGUUCGAGGGGGUGAGCGAUAAUGACUUGACGGCCAAGGUGGUUCGGGAGCUCACCGAUUGGUUCGGGGAGUCUGCGGUGGGUUCGUGGAGGCACCUGAGGACUUACAGGAUCGGGUUCGCGCAGCCGAACCAAUGCCCGCCCACCGACUUGACUAAGGAUCCGAGGGUCGGGUCGGGCGUGUACGUGUGUGGGGAUUACCUGACAUCGGCCACUUUCGAUGGGGCUCUGGUUUCAGGGAGAUUGGCGGCUGAAGCUUUGCUCAAAGAUAGGGCAUUGAUCCGAAUUUAAGCGAAAACGAGCUUUUUGAAAGGAAUUUCAAGCUGCAUUUAUCUCCCGCAUAGAU